CUUCACGCAUCUCUAGGCUCACUUGCGCAUCUCAAGACUAGACAUUGGAAAAAAAAAAAUCGUCGGAGUUUUUAUGAGCUUGCAAAGUAGUAUUCCCCUUGUAUUUAACCAUGUCGGUACACUAUAAAUUUAAGAGUACCCUCAAUUUCGACACCAUUACGUUCGAUGGACUUCACAUUUCGGUCGGCGACUUGAAAAGGGAGAUUGUGCAGCAGAAGCGACUGGGUAAAAUAAUCGACUUUGAUCUUCAAAUCACAAAUGCGCAGAGUAAAGAAGAAUACAAGGACGAUGGAGUGCUUAUUCCCAAAAACACCACGCUGAUCAUAUCGCGCAUACCCAUUGCCCAUCCCACGAAGAAGGGCUGGGAGCCACCCGCUGCGGAAAAUGCCUUUGCCACGGCGCCAGCCAAGCAGGACAACUUCAACAUGGACCUGUCCAAAAUGCAAGGCAGCGAGGAGGACAAAAUCCAAGCCAUGAUGAUGCAGAGCACUGUUGACUAUGAUCCCAAGACGUACCAUCGCAUCAAAGGCCAAUCUCAAGUGGGCGAAGUUCCGGCAUCGUACAGAUGCAACAAAUGCAAGAAAACGGGCCAUUGGAUCAAGAACUGCCCCUUUGUAACGGGCAAGGACCAGCCCGAGGUCAAAAGGAAUACAGGGAUUCCGAGAUCGUUCCGGGACAAGCCAGAUGCCGCAGAGAAUGAAUCGUCGGAUUUUGUGCUGCCUGCCGUGCAAAGUCAGGAAAUACCCGAGGAUCUGAUAUGCGGCAUUUGCCGUGACAUUUUUGUCGAUGCCGUCAUGAUACCCUGUUGCGGAAGUUCCUUUUGUGACGACUGUGUGCGCACUUCAUUGUUGGAGUCCGAGGAUAGCGAGUGUCCCGACUGCAAGGAGAAAAACUGCUCACCUGGCUCCCUUAUUCCUAAUCGAUUUUUAAGGAAUUCGGUUAAUGCCUUUAAAAAUGAGACUGGGUACAACAAAAGUGCUGUUAAAACAGCACCCGCAGUGAAAAAUGAGGAAAAACCUCCUGUUGAAAAGGAGGUGGAGGAAAAGCCGGUUAAGGAGGAGGAAACCGAAGAGGCUGAGGUGAAAACUGAUAAGCAAGAAGAAACGGAAACUAAUGGCAAUAAGCCACCGAAAUCGGAGUCCCCUGAACCUCCUGCAGCAGCAGAACCGUCACAAAAAGAGAAAGAUAAAUAUGAUUCCGACUAUGAGGAUAAUAUAACCAUUAAAAUGCCCCAGCCUGCUCCUGAAUCCACAUCAGUUCAUCAUAGCAAGAGAUCUCCAACGUAUUCCCAAAGGUCAAGUGAGUCCUCUCACCGACGCGAAAGGCAUGAUUACGAUCACGAUCACAAGCACCACCGUCCAUCAAAAUCCGAGUCUGGCAACAAGGAACGGAGUCUUCUGCCCACGCCCAUUGGCACUGUGCCCAGCUACCAGGGGCACAUGAUGAGCGAAUCGGAGGACGCUCGCCGAUCAAGUGCUUACAAGCCCCCCUACAUGCCAAUGCAACGUGGUCCAGGUCCACCCCCGAUGCACAUGAUGAGCCACCACAUGCCAGCCUACAACAACGGGUAUAACAACAUGGGACAGAGGCCUCCUCUAAGCUAUGUGCCGUAUCAAAACCAAUCCGUACACCCAAUGCGUACGCCGUACGGAUCUGCAGGCGGAAGUAUGAAUAUGAAUAUGUCACAACCAUUUCAGUCCCCAAAUUUAGCUUCAAUAUAUCAAGGAGUAGCAGCCAAGGUCGGUUCCGGUCUUAUUGACGAUCCAUUGGAGGCCUUCAAUCGCAUCAUGAAGGAGAAGGAGCGGAAGAAGGUGGACCGAUUUCGCAGUGCAGACCGCCACAGGUCGAGGUCCCCGGAUAGGCAGAGGCACCGCUUCAAAUCGCCCAUGUACGAAAAGGACAAUCUUAGGGACAAUUUGAAGGACAAGAGGCCGCGAUCACGGGAAAGGAAGCGGGAACAUAGCUAUGAGCGGCAUAUGCGUCACCCUCGUUCUAGUCGACAGCCCAAUGACGGGUCCAAAUCACCGGGUGGACGAAUCAAAAGAUCUAGCCAUCGCCGCUCUGCGUCUCCUAAGCCGGCUUACAAGAGUGAUUACAGGGACAAGUCUUACAGCAAACCUAUUGCGCCAAGACCAGAACAAGUUGAGCCUCCUCCGCCCGGAUUCGAGCCGCUGCAGCUUCAAGAUGACGACGACUACAAGAACAAGCACCAGGCCGGCUUGGAAGCCUCACAUCAUAGCAGCAGCAGCAAGGGCGGAAGCAACAAGAAGGGCGAGGAGGCCAGCAGACACGAAGAGGUGCCACGCAAAAGGCACAGGUCUCGUAGCAAGAGCAAGGAACACAAGCCGAUCGACAGCAGCUACAGGAGCCUGACGCCGCCGGCAAAGAUCACCACACCGAAAAUGACUGCUGCCCAGUUGCGAGAACGCGAGUGCUCACCGAAAACGCCGGAAAGGACACACGAUGAGUAUUUGCCAGCGAAGGCUAGAGUUAUUGCCUCCCAACCCGCCUUGGACGAUUCGUCGGAAGUGGGGCCCAAUGUGGGAAAGGAGAACAAGGCGAAGAGUCCUUCGUCGAAGGAGCGCAAGAAGAAGAAGAAGGACAAGGCUGAACGCAAGAAAAGCAAGAAGGACAAGCGGGAGAAGAGCAAGAAGGAGAAGGGAGAGCGCCAAAAGAAGAGCUCCUCGGUAAAUCGGUCUGACUCGGAUAUAAACAACAGCUCAAUCGUAAAUGAGACCAAUUACAAAAUCCUAUUAUCGCCCAGGGCGAGUAGUCCCAACUUUGAGAUAGAACCCGCUUUGGUUUCUCCCGCUCGCAACACUGCAGAAAACCCAAAUCCCAAAAAGGUUCAUGCGGAUGUGGUCAGCGAUGAUAAUCUAGGCUCGAGGAGCAAACGCAGCGAGGCUAAUUCUGUCAAUCUAUCCAAAUGGGAACUGGAGGAGAAUAACUUGAGCUUGGAAGAUUCCUCCAAGAAAUCCGUUGGACCUUUGGACGACCAGUCAGAAAUAACUUCGGACGUGCUCCGCAAAGCUGAGAAUGCAAUAUUCGCCAAGGCUAUAAACGCCAUAAGGCCAGUGGAAUUUCAAGUUAUUAUUAACUCCAAGGACAAUAGCAAAGACCGUUCCGUGAUCAGAAAUGACAAGGAUCGCUCGCCUUCGCCGAGACGUACCAGCAGCAAGUCGGUAAAGGAAAGGCUGGGCAAUAAGGUUCCGAGUGACCGGAGCCGUUCGCCGGACAAAUCGAAGGGCAGGCGAAGGGAGGCGGUGGGCAGAAGCUCCGACGACGAUGCUGCGAACCGGGGCAGAUCGGAUCGGCAUGGCAGCAGGAAGAGGGAUAACAAAUCCCGCGACAGGAACGCGCCUGCGGAGAAAAGGCAAGAGCGUUCUUCGUAUAAGCGGACUACGCCCGAGGACGACAAGCAUAGGCGUCCGUACAAGGAGCGUUCCGACCCUAAGCUCGCAAAGUAUGAUCAAAUCAAUAGCGACGACUCGGAUCGAAGGGCUGCUAGAAACACAAAGUCCAGCGACGGCCGAGUUGUAUCCUCUGUUACGGCUGUGGCAGCUCCACCCAAGCCCUGUCGUCCCGACAACCCGUUCAGGAAAUUCGUCGACAACAGUUCGUCGAGCAGCUUAGUUGUAAAAUACGAUAAUACGAUACAAAAUGAAGGUGCGUCCUCGGACAACAGCAUGGAACACAGGAAACAGAAGGAUAAGAAACUGAAGAAACAUGCUAAAUAUUCGUCAACCGAAUCGUUGAGAAGUGAGAAACGUAAGGAUCUGAAAAGCAAAAAGAAGAGCAAGAUUUUGAAAAAGAAGAAAAAAUCAAAGAAGUAGGUUACGGAUAGGCUAUGAAAUAAGAAAUAUAUAAAUAUUGAAGAUUUCUGUGUACAAAUCAAAGAUUUUUAAUGUAUGUAUUUAUCAUGCAACUAAGUAUACAAAUAAAACAGAACUACUCAAGGAAA